CCUCGCCCGGCUCCCGCAGUUCGGGCCGCCCGGGCCGCCCGCCCCGCCCGCGCGCGCCGAGGGGCGGAGACGCGGUGGGUAGGGUACAGAACAGAGGUUGUUGACUUAAAAAGUCAGGCGCGGACCGUCUGCACGUUAAUCCAACCGUGUCACCCCAGACAUUCUCUGGCCCAGUGGGAUGAUUUGCCUCCGCCUGGAAAAACUUCAGUUUAAGGAGCCCUAGGCUCGAUUCCUAAGAUGUGCCUUAUGGCAGCCCUUUCGGGCAUCCUGGACAUGUGCAACUAGCCGGGGUCUAACAAGACUCCUGCCUGGGUGCCCGCUCCUUCCCUGGCCUCCAGCCGCAUCCCACAGCCCGUCUCUACCGUCUGGGACAGCCUCCGUCGUCAGCCCUGACUUCUCGGCCUCCUUCGCUGAAACUCUCCGCAACUGCUCCUCUGUGUCUGGGGGAGUCGGAAGUGAGGGGUUCCCGAUUAACGAUUUGGGAUUAUUUCCCACACUCAAGCUUUCAGCCUCCUUUUCUGUGGCCUAAGAAGGGUCCAGCCUUUACAGUUCCCUCCCUGGCCCACUACUUUGCCCAGGUCUGAGCCCUACUUGUAAUUCCUUAAAGAGGCUCAGGAGAGGCUGAAAGAUGUGAGGACCGAGCCAGGACCGAGAGGGCCAGUAGCGACAGCAGAGGCUGUCCCCCCAGGUCAGUUCUCCUUCGCUGCUGGUCCUGGAAAGAGUUAAGUGAGGGGGCCUUCCUCACUCCUCCCGGAUUCCAGUCCUGGCUUCUGCACUGUUACCCCACAGCCUGCCCAGAACAAAGGCUCUUUCACACUCCUGUCCCACAGUCCCAGGCCUUCUCUGACUCAGAAGCUAGUGGGCCUGGGAGACAGGGCCUCUGUCGAGUCCCGCAUAAGCAACGCCGCGUGGGGCCAGCGUGGGGGAGUGAGGGGCAAGGCCCAGGGACCAGGAGGAGGGGCCUGUGAGCUGGGGCCGCCCCCGGGAUAAGCCCGGCCUUUUUGGGGGCCAUCGCGGAGGAACCGGGGUGGAGCCGCUGGGCCCCGGAGCGGAGUGUGACUCCUUGGGCCUAGGGUUGAGGGGGCGGUGGUGGCAAAGCUGCAGCUGGCUGGGAAUCGGGGCUGGUUUCCUGUCUGGAAGGGAAGGGGCCCGCAGAGGGGAGCGGGGGCAGCGCAGCCAGGCACACCCCUGCCUUUCUCCCUCCCUCUCCUCCCUUCUGCUGGAAAAGCAAGCUGGGAGAACAGCUGCCACCAAAGCAAGACUGGACACUCUGUGCCCAGAGCCCCUUCUGCAGCUGGCCUCCUCUCCGGGUACCCUGCUCAUCCUCACCUCGCGUUCCUUUCCUCCCAUGCCUGGCUCCUUCAGGGCCGGGAACAGCGGUAGGCAAGGAGACUUUGUCACAGCAGCCAGAGGGGUCUAACUGGAGCACGAGAGGGACAGGGGCUGCCUCUGCCCUCUGCCCAAGAACUGCCCACCUCUUUCAAGACGAGGAGAGCAGCGGGAGAGGAACUGUGGGGCAGCGUGGGGCUUGCUUGCCCCACCCCUCUGAGGGAUCAGCAAGGGAAGGGGAGCCCAGGGGGCACAGAGAUGCAGGACAGAUUGCACAUCCUGGAGGACCUGAAUAUGCUCUACAUCCGGCAGAUGGCGCUCAGCCUGGAGGACACAGAGUUGCAAAGAAAGUUGGACCAUGAGAUCCGGAUGAGGGAAGGGGCCUGCAAGCUGCUGGCGGCCUGCUCCCAGCGAGAGCAGGCUCUGGAGGCCACGAAGAGCCUGCUGGUGUGCAACAGCCGCAUCCUCAACUACAUGGGCGAGCUGCAGCGGCGCAAGGAGGCACAGGUGCUGAAGAAGACAGGCCGGCGGCCUUCGGACAGUGGGCCACCCACUGAACGCUCCCCCUGCCGUGGCCAGAUCUGCAUUUCUGAUCUUCGGAUUCCACUCAUGUGGAAGGACACAGAAUAUUUCAAGAACAAAGGCGACCUGCACCGCUGGGCUGUGUUCCUGCUGCUGCAGAUAGGGGAGCACAUUCAGGACACAGAGAUGAUCCUGGUGGACAGGACCCUCACAGACAUCUCCUUUCAGAACAACGUGCUCUUUGCCGAGGCAGGGCCAGACUUUGAACUGCGGCUGGAGCUGUAUGGGGCUUGCGUGGAAGAGGAGGGGGCCCUGGCUGGAGCCCCCAAGAGGCUCGCCACCAAACUCAGCAGCUCCCUGGGCCGCUCCUCAGGGAGGCGUGUCCGAGCAUCGCUGGAGACUGCUGGGGGCUCAGGCAGCAGUCCCAUCUUGCUUCCCACCCCGGCUGUGGGUGGUCCUCGUUACCACCUCUUGGCUCAUACCACGCUCACCCUAGCAGCUGUGCAAGAUGGGUUCCGCACACAUGACCUCACCCUCGCCACUCCUGAGGAGAACCCUGCCUGGCUGCCCCUUUAUGGUAGCGUGUGUUGCCGCCUAGUGGCUCAGCCUCUCUGCAUGAUUCAGCCUACUGCAAGUGGUACCCUCAGGGUGCAGGUGAGGGCCCCUGAGGAGUGGAAGGGAAGUGGGAGAAGACAAAGGAGAGCCAGAUCACCUAGGGAUCAAGGAACUAUUGAAAACCAAGCUGGGGAGCCGCGGGACUGGGUGCAAGUACAUGGAGUCCUGAAAGGCACAAACCUCUUCUGUUACCGGCAACCUGAAGACACAGACGCUGGGGACGAGCCGCUGUUUACUAUCGCAAUCAACAAGGAGACUCAAGUCCGGGCAGGGGAGCUGGACCAGGCAGCCGGCUGGCCCUUCACGCUGAGCAUCAGUAACCGGUAUGGGGAGGAAGAGGUGACACACGCUCUUCAGGCAGAGAGUCGGGGAGCCCUGCAGAGCUGGAUGGAGGCUCUGUGGCAGCUCUUCUUUGACAUGAGUCAGUGGAAGCAGUGCUGUGAUGAGAUAAUGAAGAUUGAAACGCCUGCUCCUCGGAAACCACCCCAAGUGCUGGCCAAGCAGGGGUCCUUGUACCAUGAAAUGGCUAUUGAGCCGCUGGAUGACAUCGCAGCGGUGACAGACAUCCUGGCCCAGCGGGAGGGCGCGAGGCUGGAGACGCCCCCACCCUGGCUAGCAGUGUUUACAGACCAGCCUGCCUUGCCUGGCCCCUGCUCACCUGCUUCAGUGGCCCCAGCUCCAGCCCGGAUCCAUUCCUUGCCCUGGGGGAGACCCCGAACAUUCUCUCUGGAUGCUGUCCCCCCAGACCAUUCCCCUGGGGCUUCUCGCUUGGUCGCCCCUCUCCCCCUGCAGCGAUCCCCACGAUCCAGAGGCCUCUGCAGCAAAGGCCCACCCCACACUUGGCUCCAGUCACCAGUGUGAGAGAAAAAGGUGCUGGCAACAGGAUCUGGCCAGAAGAGGGGAAGAUCUGUGUGCAGCUGGGCUCGGAUUCAGCACUGUUUGUAGCAGGCUGACCAGCUUGGCCUCCCCUUCCUCUGCUGGAGUUGGGGUAGGCUGAGAAGGGGUAGCCGAAGCCCCUUUAAGCUGCGGUCGCCACGGUGCUGAGGGACUCAUUCCCAGGGCUGGCUGGGACCCCGUAAACCCUUCCUGGGAGAAAACUGGAACCAACCCUGCCCUACCUCCCUUCAUUAACCAGCUUUGAGAAUGGCACUGAAGAGCCCUGGGAGGGAACACCCCUCCCUUGUGACUUUUACAUUGACCAUUAAAGUUAUUUAACAUCACCCUUCA